AUGAUGACAUGGUACAAAGAAAAUGGAACGGAUAACCCGGGUUUUAUCUCAAGAUCUUGGUGGACGGGAGCGGCCUUGUUUCUGGCAUGUCUCAACCAUUGGCAUGCGACGAACGACACCACAUAUAACGAAGAAGUCAGUAUCGGCAUGCAACAUCAGGGAAGUCCGACAGGAGACUUCAUGCCUACGUGGGCAAUCGGUAUAGGAAAUGACGAUCAAAUGUUCUGGGGUCUCGCGGCGAUCACCGCAGCUGAAUACAAGUUUCCGAAUCGGCCAACGGGUAACACCUGGCUCACCCUUGCCGAGGGUGUGUUCAACGAUCAGAAAGCUUCGGAUGGGAAAGGAUGGGAUACGACUGUUUGUGGAGGUGGCAUUCGCUGGCAGAAGGAAAUCUGGCAAAGUGGCUAUACCAUGAAGAACGCGGUGUCCAACGGUGGAUUUUUCAUGCUUGCCGCACGUCUCGCUUGGUUUACCCAAAAGAAGGGGUAUUCGACGUGGGCCGAGAGAGUCUGGAACUGGUCUACCUCUGUGAAUUUGGUCAAUGAUACCCUCUGGACGGUAGCAGAUAGUGUCCGAGAGGGGACUGGAGGUCCCAAUGGCUGUAGUCUUCCUGACAACACCCGGUGGACUUACAACUAUGGUGUCUUUGCGUCAGGUGCUGCGUACAUGUAUGCCUAUACAAAUGAUACUAAAUGGCUUGACAUCGCAAACAACCUAGUGGAUGCGAUCUUUGCUACAUUUUUCCUGCCCGAACACGGAGGCGUGAUCACCGACUGGGAAUGCGAAGCGUCGGGUGAAUGCUAUAAAGACGCGAACGGCCCACUUUUCAAAGGCCUUACGGUGUCAUGGCUUGCAGAUAUGGCAAUGGUCGUCCCUGCCCUUAAGGACAAGAUCCUACCCAAACUCCAAAUUUCCGCCGAGGGUGCCGCAAAUUCAUGCACGGGAAACAACGAAAACAUCUGCGGAAACCGCUGGCGCAUCUUCCAGACCAGUCUCAACAGUAACAGGAGGAAAUGGCACAAGUGA